AUGUAUUUCGACUACACAGACUUCCCCAGGACAUUGUCUCAGAUCGUGGGCCCCAGUUCGUUGAACGAAUCAAGACACAAAGGUCAUUUGGAACUGUUAUACAAGCACUUCAAACACAACCACCUCAAACACAACCACCUCAAACACAACCACCUCAAACACAACCACCUUAAACACAACCACCUCAAACACAACCACCUCAAACACAACCACCUUAAACACAACCACCUCAAACACAACCACCUUAAACACAACCACCUCAAACACAACCACCUCAAACACAACCACCUCAAACACAACCACCUUAAACACAACCACCUCAAACACAACCACUUCAAACACAACCACCUCAAACACAACCACCUCAAACACAACCACCUCAAACACAACCACCUUAAACACAACCACCUCAAACACAACCACCUCAAACACAACCACAUCAAACACAACCACCUCAAACACAACCACCUCAAACACAACCACCUCAAACACAACCACCUCAAACACAACCACAUCAAACACAACCACCUCAAACACAACCACCUCAAACACAACCACAUCAAACACAACCACCUCAAACACAACCACCUCAAACACAACCACAUCAAACACAACCACCUCAAACACAACCACCUCAAACACAACCACCUUAAACACAACCACCUCAAACACAACCACCUUAAACACAACCACCUCAAACACAACCACCUCAAACACAACCACAUCAAACACAACCACCUCAAACACAACCACCUCAAACACAACCACUUCAAACACAAUAACCUCAAACACAAUCACCUCAAACACAACCACCUCAAACACAACCACCUCAAACACAACCACCUCAAAUACAACCACCUCAAACACAACCACAUCAAACACAACUACUUCAAACACAACCACCUCAAACACAAAAAUACUAGAAUUUGGCAGUACGCCCAACCAGUCUCACAACAGCAGACGUGUAUGGCGUUGCGUGAGCAAGCUGAUGUCAUCGUUGUGAAUAGAGUUCCUGAGUUCCUCAUCGUGGCUGUGGGGUUAUGGUUUGGGCAGGCAUAA